UUCGCAUAUGACAAUAAUGAUCACAGCCACACAGCAAGCUCAAGUGGACUCGAUGAAAUUGCAAUGCACUCAGACAGCAUUAGCAUAGUCACUCAUGAAAGCAAUGACGAAAUAUGGUCUCAGACAGCAACAGCAGCAUCAUCAUGCUGCACGACAUUGAAAUCGCCAGUGUACCGUUGGAGAUGGAUACGAACGAUUUCGCAUUACCGGACACAAGUUUGAUUCAGCAGGAGACUGCAACAGCAACAGUGUUUGAUCUAGAAGUGGCGAUGGGAUCCGCAGAUGAACUUAGCAAAAGCGAUGGCCAAGAUCUAAUUGGGCGAUGCGCACAUCAUGAUAUUGAGACCGAUAACGAAAAUGAUGCUAGAACAGAAUCACGACAUAGCACCAUUCGAGAAGCAGCCACCGAGAGAUAUUUAGCCUCGGCUGAAAACAUCAGAAGAAUUUUACGAAGAAAACAAGCUGCUCCAGAGGACUAUAAAAAAGGCGAUGUGGUUGGAGUUCUGAUUGAUAAUUAUGAGCGCGCCAGAUCAGAGCCAUGGUACUUGCCUUGUCGGGUACAUGAAGUCAAUGAUUGUGACCAUCAAGAAAUGUACCGGCUCGAAUCUCAACAUGGGAUUUUAUCAACAAUGUAUUCCACUGGAGAGCUGGCUGACUUCUGGACUUUGGAAUUUGAAGAACUAGCGGAUGUUGACGUUAUGGAUACUGCGAAAAGGACGUUGUCUGUCCGAGAAGCAGUAGCAAAGACAAGAAUCGACUCAGGCGCACAAUUUCCUUCCACAUGCAACUGCAAAACCAAAUGCAAAACAACAAAAUGCCCAUGCAAGAAGGCAAACAUGAAGUGUAGUUCUAACUGCCACAGCAGGGCACACGGAAAAUGUGAAAACAAAUAAAAGGGAGUGAACAAAAGUUCAUUUGCUAUUGUCACAGUCUU